UAUUUAGCCCUGUUCCCAGAUUACUGGAACGCUUUUUCCCUCAUCGAGUUAAUCUGAGUGCCGCGGGCUCGUAUGGGAUUGAGGCACUCAUCCCGGUGCCUGCUCCUGCGGAGGAAGAUGGCGGAGGCUGAGGGAUCGGAGCAGCAGCAGAAGCAUCAGCUUCAGCAGCAACAGCAGCAGCGCACGGUCAGUAAUCCCGCCCCCUCGUCCCAGUCCCUGCAGUCAUCCACCGUGCCUAAGCCUGUGCCCUCGGUCCAUCAUGUCCCUCGCCCCCCUCACACCCCACAUGUCUCGGCACUGUCUGCCUGUCCCGGACGGGGCAAGAUGGCCAAGCUCCUCAACCCAGAGGAGAUGACAUCACGGGACUACUACUUUGACUCCUAUGCCCACUUUGGCAUUCAUGAGGAGAUGCUGAAGGAUGAGGUGAGAACAUUGACUUACAGGAACUCCAUGUAUCACAAUAAACAUAUUUUUAAGGACAAGAUUGUUCUGGAUGUGGGCAGCGGGACAGGAAUCCUCUCCAUGUUUGCUGCCAAGGCAGGAGCCAAGCAUGUGUACGGGAUUGAAUGCUCAAGUAUAUCAGAGUAUUCUGAGAAAAUCAUCAAAUCAAAUCAUCUGGACAACGUUAUUACCAUCUUUAAGGGGAAAGUGGAGGAGACAGAAUUGCCUGUGGAUCAGGUGGACAUUAUCGUCUCUGAAUGGAUGGGCUACUGUCUUUUUUAUGAGUCCAUGCUGAAAACCGUCAUCUAUGCCAGGGACAAGUGGCUGAAGCCCGGAGGCUUUAUGUUCCCAGACAGAGCAACACUGUACGUGGUGGCCAUUGAGGACAGACAAUACAAAGAUUUUAAAAUCCACUGGUGGGAGAACGUCUAUGGUUUCGAUAUGACCUGCAUACGGAACGUUGCUCUGAUGGAACCACUGGUUGAUAUUGUGGAUCCCAAACAAGUGGUGACCAACUCCUGCCUUAUUAAGGAGGUGGACAUUUACACAGUGAAACUAGAGGACCUGACCUUCACCUCAGCUUUUUGCCUGCAGAUCCAGAGGAAUGACUACAUUCAUGCUCUUGUCACCUACUUCAACAUAGAGUUCACCAAGUGUCACAAGAAAACGGGCUUCUCCACAGCCCCUGAUGGUCCCAGUACUCACUGGAAGCAGACAGUAUUUUACCUGGAGGACUACCUGACCGUGCGGCGAGGAGAGGAAAUCCUAGGCAGCAUCGCUGUGAAGCCCAAUGAGAACAAUGAGCGUGACUUGGACUUCACCUUUGAGCUGGAUUUCAAAGGGCAGCUCUGUGACGCAGCCAUUUCCCAUGACUACAAGAUGCGGUAGGGCUCCACCAGGGGGCAACAUUUCCCCAAAAACUGAGCUAACCAGAGAAAGCAAGAGGAGGCUGAAUCACUUGCUGCUACAUGUUCUGACCAAACAGGAGAGACUAAGAGGACAACACAAGUGCAACAUGAUGUCAUCAUCAGUGCAAAACCAGCGCAAAGAGCAAUAGUGUCAUCAGUCCUCCAACUCUGCAAAACACAAGGCUGUAAGAGAGCAUCACUGAAUGUACUUGUCAAUGAGCUUGAGAAUGUCUUAGUUGUCCUUUAUUUUAACCAGAAGAAAAGAAAGCAUGGCAGAAAGUACACUGUUGAACAGUAAUCUAUAAGGCAAUGUGACACAAAAAGAGGUGACAUAGUUCUUUAAAUAAAAACACUUAAUGUGCACAUUUUAGGCUCUACAGGAUGAUUAUUUUAACAGCAUGGAGAAAGAUGAGUAUUUAAGAGCAAGACAUUUUAUUACUUAUUUUCAAAUAAUUUAACUUACUCCUCAUGAGUAAAUGUAUUUAACUGUUAAUUUUGUUAACUGCUUGGUGGUUGAACGGUUUAAUAUUGUGGCUAGCAUGUUUUCUGACUUGUUGCUUUUAAUGAGUGAAGAUGUUCUUUUUCAAGAAUCACAAUACUGGUUUGAAGCUUCUUUUUGUUGUUUUUUUAAGGUCAAUGUUUAAUAUUUUUGGCACAUAAUUUUAACAUUUUAAGCAAUCAUUUGUUAAGUUUCUUGGAAUUCUGGGGUAAGAAUGGGUAAAUAAAUCAGAGAUGAGUAAAUGA